GGUGUCCCCGCCAUGAUGUCGUACCUGAAGCAGCCGCACUUUGGGGGCGUCCCCGGGCUGGGCCUGGAGCUGCCCCCCCCCGUGGGGUACCCGGGCGCCCCCCGGAAGCAGCGCCGCGAGCGCACCACGUUCACGCGGGCGCAGCUGGACGUGCUGGAGGCGCUGUUCGCCAAGACGCGCUACCCCGACAUCUUCAUGCGCGAGGAGGUGGCGCUGAAAAUCAACCUGCCUGAGUCACGGGUGCAGGUGUGGUUCAAGAACCGCCGCGCCAAGUGCCUCAGUUUCCCCCAGCAGCAGCAGCAGCAAACGCAGGGAGGGGGCUCGGGCCCCCCCAAACCGCGCCCCCCCCCCAAGAAGAAACCCUCCCCCCCCCAGGACCCCGCCCCCGCCCCGUUCCCCGCCCAGACCCCGCCCCCGCCGCCCCCCGCCCCCCUCUGGAGCCCCGCCCUCUCCCCGCCCCCCGCCCCGCUCUGCGACCCCUCCCCAUCGGGGGUUCCCCCCCUUUCUUCGGGGGGGCGGGGCUCGACCCCUACCUGUCCCCCGCUGCCGCCCCCUCCCCAAAUCGGGGGCGGCCUCAGCCCCCUGGGACCCCCCCCCGCCUUCGGGGGCCCGGGCGCGACCCCCGGGCUGGGAUUCGGGGCGGGGGCGGCCCCGGGGCUCGCGUUUGGGGCGGGGGGCGACGGCCUCGAGCUCAAGGAGGGGCCGGGGGCGGCCUGGAAGGUGAAUUUGGGUCUGGGGGAGUGCCUGGAGCAGAGCGGGUGGAAAUUCCAGGUGCUGUAG